CCUUAAAUCGUUAAGUUGUUAAUUAUAAAAUUGUAAUAGGUUCACCAACUAUUAUCAAUAAGCCAAUAAGCUAAUUUUGCGGUUCGAUUAACGAUUACGGUUAGGUUUUGGACCGCCCUAACGAAAAGUAAAAAGAAAAUUCGUUGUCGUUAAUGUUAAUAAUCAUGUAAGGCAAAAACUUACCCAAAACUGGAGCCCAAAUUCGAAGAGCUUAACAUUCUUGCCAAAACCCUGCUUUAACUCUUGAGGAGCCAAAACCCUCACCUCCGUCUGCAGUUACGCUCUUCUGCUCUUUUUUCUCUGAAUCAAACUUUAAGUUAUAAAGAGUGAGUGCGUACUCAUUGUCUCUAAAUUAGGGUUGAGUGAGAAAAGAUGCAGCACGAUGAGGUCAUAUGGCAAGUUAUCAGACACAAGCAUUGCAGCUUCAUGGCCAAAAUUGAGACGGAUAUUUUGUCGAAAUCCAUAUAAUGUUACUGGGAUUUGCAAUCGUAGCUCAUGUCCUCUGGCUAAUAGUCGGUAUGCCACCAUUCGGGAUCAUGAUGGAGUGUUCUAUUUGUACAUGAAAACAAUAGAAAGGGCUCACAUGCCAAACAAACUUUGGGAAAGAGUUAAAUUGCCAAGAAAUUAUGAAAAGGCUCUUGAAAUCAUUGAUAAACAUUUGAUGUACUGGCCAAAGUUUCUUGUCCACAAGGCAAAACAAAGAUUAACAAAAAUGACUCAGAUGCGAAUAAGAAUGAGGAAGCUUGCUUUGAAAACAAGGUACACGUUCUCAGCCUGUGUUGAUGUAAUUUGAACAUGGAAUACAAUUGAAGUUCAUGGUUGUCCUGGAAUUGCAAUACAAAAACGGAUUAAGUUUAGAUAUUUCCACAUCUAUUUGAUAUUCACAGUUGUAUUAAUUGAAUUGUAUAUUCUAGACAUCUAACUGCGCCGUAUAACUGUAUAGUUGAUAUAUGGCAUAUAGACAUGGUGUAUUGUAACUAAGUCAUCAUGAUGGUUAACUUUAGUUUUAGAAUGAAUGCUGCCAGUAUAGUAUAUUAUGGGUUACAGAAAAAAUAAAAAUGAGGCAUCGAAACA